AUGGGCAACAGCCUGCGAGCCCUGGCGGCGCUGCUGCCGUGCGAGCCGUGCCAGCGCUGCGUGCUGCCGGCGCUGGACGAGAUGCCGGCGGACAAGGUGGUGGAGCUGUGCGGGCGGCAGCUGCGGCGCCUGCCCCUGCGCGUCUGCGCCUUCGGGGCGCUGGUGAAGCUGUACCUGAGCGACAACCGCCUGAGCCAGCUGCCGCCCGAGCUGGAGCGGCUGCAGCACCUGCAGCUGCUGGCGCUGGACUUCAACGAGUUCCGCGCGCUGCCGGGCGCCGUGUGCGCGCUGCGCCGCCUCUGCACGCUCUACCUGGGCAACAACCGGCUCCGCGACCUGCCGCGCGACCUGCGCCGCCUGCAGAACCUGCGCACGCUGUGGCUCGACGCCAACAGGCUGAGCCGCCUGCCCGCCGCGGUCUGCGACCUGCGCCUGCUGCGCGCCCUGCACGCCGGCUCCAACGCGCUGCGCGCCCUGCCCGCCCGCUUGAGCGCGCUGCGCCGCCUGCGCUCCAUCUGGCUCGCGGACAACCAGCUGCCCGCCUUCCCGCCCGUGCUGCUGCGCAUGCCGCUGCUCGAGGUCAUCGACGUGGACCGCAACGCCAUCCGCGCCUUCCCCAGCCUGGCGCACCUGCCCGCCCUCAAGCUCGUCAUCUACGAC